CGCACGCAGGUGAUCGAUCUCGAUAGCUAACCACUUAGUUAGAAGGUCAUAUAACGGAGGUGAUUGGCUUCACAAGGAAGGAAGGUUCCAGAGUACUGCUCUGCUAGCGACUCCCUUCGCCGCGAUGCCUUGGCGCCUGGCUAGACCCGUUGAGGGCGAGGUGGUGGGGGAGGCGCGGAGCGUGCAGUGCGAGUGCUGCGGGAUCGCGGAGGAGUGCACGCCCACCUACAUCGGCCGCGUCCGGGCGCACUUCCACGGCAAGUGGGUGUGCGGGCUGUGCGCCGAGGCCGUCAAGGAGCGCCAGCAGCGGGACCCCGACCUCGCCAUGGCCGCCGCCGUCGACGCCACGGCCGCGCUCUGCCAGCGCUUCAACUCCACCGUCCGCCUCAACCCCAAGCUGUCCCUCGCCAGCUCCAUGCGCGACAUCGCCCGCAAGAGCUGCCAGCACCGCGGCGCCACCGGAUCAGCAGGCACAUGCACCGCCGCCGGCGGGAUCAGUUCCUCCGACGCCGCCUGCUGCGGCGCCGGCCGCGCCACCAGCUGCGCCCUGCGCUACGUCUGACGAUCAGCAAACAGGUCCCCAAUUCUAACUACAGAAUACAGAUCGAUCGACCAAUACAUGCAUGCAUGCAAGCAUGCCUCGCCUGCAGUGUUAAUUUGAUCUUGCAUGUCUUUGUGAUUUCAGAUGAUAGUACUUAUUAUUAACGUGAUUUACGCAUGAUAUGUUAUCCAUGCACCGUAUGCACAUGUGCAUGCUGGCAGUGAGAUGUAACUGAAUUAAUGUACGUGUGGCCCGGGUCUACCGGAUACAAAUAAUAAUA